AUGACUGAAACAAAGAGCAACUCGUACCUGAUCGUCGGCGCCGGCGUCUUCGGGGCUUCCACGGCCCUACAUCUCAUCAGGGCGCGCCCGGACGCAGGCGUGACCCUCGUCGACCGCAACGCCUUCGACGCCCCCGUCCGCGUCGCCGCCUCCUGGGACUGGAACAAGGUCGUCCGCGCCGACUACGUCGAUAUCGAGUAUAUGCGUCUAACCCUCGAGGCCAAGAAGUACUGGGCCGAGGACCCCCUCUGGAAGCCCUUCUACCACGAGAGCGGCGUCUACUGGGUCUCGCCGAGCAACUUUGCGCAGCAGAUGCAGGCGAACUACAGGAAGCUCGGCGUCGAGUCGGGACUCUCCUCGCUCUCGGUGGAGGAGGCCAGAAAGGAGUACGCAGGCAUCUUCGCGGACUCGGACUUCACCGACGUCGACGAGGUCUUUGUGAAUAGGAACAGCGGGUGGGGCGAGGCCAAGGAGGCGCUGCAGAGGACGAUCGAGGAGGCCGUGAGGCUGGGCGUCGAGUACGUCGAGACCGAGGUCGCCAGGCUCGAGUUCAACGCCGCAGGCGCCGCGACGGGUGUGCAGACGGCCGGCGGCGAGAGCAUCAGGGCGGCCCACGUCAUCCUGUCGACGGGCGCGUACACGGCCAAGCUGCUGGCCGACAGCGCUCCCGAGCGGGCUGAGCUCCAUGCCGGCGACAGAUUCGUUGCUGCUGCUGUGACGGAGGGAUUCACGCCCGUCACCGGAGAGAACGCCAAGGAUUUAUACGACGGGCCGGUCGGCAUCUCAACGGUGCCGCCUUCAAGAGGCGCCAGCAACGGGAGCGUCCCGCACUCAAAAGACAAGACGCUCAAGUUCUGGGGCCAGAUCAUCUUCAGGAACACGCAGCCGCACCCGAACGGAGACCGGUUCUCCGCGCCCCCGCCGGCCUCGGACUACGCGCAGUUCGACGUCCCCAAGACGCUGAGGGACGACGUGGACUACGCGGGGAAAAGCCUCUUUGGCAAAGGCAGCGCCGGCUUCAAGAACGAGAACUACCGCAUCUGCUGGGAGGCCGUGACGCCCGACGAAGACUUCAUCAUCUCCCCGCACUCGGCGAGCAAAAACCUCUACGUCGCCACCUGCGGGUCCUUCCACGGCUGGAAGUUCUUGCCCAUCUUGGGCAAGUAUGUUGUGCAGAUGCUGGACGGGUCUCUCGAAGAGACUCUGGCCAAGAAGUGGUCGUGGGAUCGGGUUUUGCCUCCCCCUACUCACAGAACCUGGCCGAGGAAAGAGCUCAGUGAUUUCGAGUAA